AUGUCUGAAUCCCAGCCGCCAAAUUAUAAUGAAUGGACAAAGGAACGGCUAAUAGAGAAAUUACAAGAAUAUGAACUGAAUGACAAAAAGCGAAAAUCGGGGCAAAGUGAGUUGAACUUGUCAGAUGAGACUUCAAAACAGAAAAAAAAGAAACCUAAGACUUUUGACUUCACCAGAUACGAAUUUAGGAAAAUAGCUCUGAAAUUUGCCUAUCUUGGAUGGAAUUACCACGGAUUGGCUUUUCAAAAACAUAUGAAUGGAGCGGAGACCGUCGAGUCUGAGAUACUGAAAGCUUUACAUAAAACCAAGCUUGUCAGCUCGAUCGAUCCAGCCUGUUGCGAAUUCAGUAGGUGUGGAAGAACUGAUAAGGGUGUAAGUGCAAUGAAUCAAGUGAUAUCCCUGAGUGUUAGAUCUAAUUUGUCUGGUGAAGAAAUAUCCAACUCAAAAUACAAUGAAAGAGAGCUCAACUAUGUGAAGAUUCUAAACAAAGUUUUACCACCAGAUAUCCGCAUUCAUUCAGUAUGUUUAAACCCUCCAAAGGACUUUGACGCAAGGUUUUCUUGCACUUACAGACAUUAUAAAUAUUUCUUCGAAUCAGAUGGAUUAAACAUAAGCAAAAUGCAGGAAGCAGCUUCGCUGUUCAUUGGCGAGCAUGACUUUAGGAACUUCUGUAAACUUGAUGGAUCAAAGCAGAUUACAAAUUACAAGAGAACAAUACUAUCUUCAAGCAUCAUCCCAUCAGAACAUGGAGCAAAUAUUUAUGUUUUUGAUCUCAGGGGAUCGGCCUUUCUGUGGCAUCAAGUGAGAUGUAUGAUGUCCAUACUUUUUUUGGUUGGGCGCGAACUCGAACAAAAAGCGAUCAUAACCGAGCUUUUAAAUCCAGCACUAUAUCCCAGUCGCCCCAACUACAAAAUUGCAAGUCCUUUCCCUUUGGUUUUGUUCGACUGUAAGUACGACGAAAAGACGACUAAUUGGAUCAAAUGUACCACAUUUGACGGUCUUCAUCUUUUAAGAUUCAAUCAACUAUGGGGAGACCUGAAAACCAAAUCUACAAUUAUCUCGACAAUGAAGAACGUUUUGGGGAAUGGAAAAACAGAGUCUACCAAAACAAUCAAUCUUGAAGAAGGCCGAAUUCACAAUCCGGCAACAUAUGUGCCCAUCUCUAAAAGAGAAACAUUGGAAACAGCCGAUGAAGUAAAUGAAAAAUGGAUGCUAAAAAAACGGGGUUGA